UGGAAGGAUGCUUGUAGUUCCUCAUCAUCAAGCGAACCUUCAGGUCCUGAAAGCGCUGUGAUGAACCAGGAGUGAGAGGAAGCAGCAGCUCUGACCUGCAGGGCAGGUGAAGGAAUCUGCAGGACAAUCAGAACAGGUGAGGGGUGUGUCUACAUCUAAAGGGCAGCGGGUCCAACUUGCUCAUUUAUUCAGCAGCGGCUCUGCAGCUCCCUGAUCUUCCCGUCAUGGCUUCCCACAGCGCGAUGUGUGUGACGGCUCUGCUGACUCUACUGGUUCCAGAGGCUGAGACGCAGUCGUCAGUGUGUGGCAGAGCGUCUCUGAACAACAGGAUCGUCGGAGGGGAGGUGGCCCCCGAGGGGAACUGGCCCUGGCAGGUCAGUCUGAACAGGUUCGGGGUCCAGUUCUGCGGAGGGUCCCUCAUCAACGAGGAGUGGGUUCUGAGCGCCGCCCACUGCUUCCAGGGUCUCACGACCGCCCGGCUGACGGCGCACCUCGGCCGCCAGAGCCGAUCCGGACCGAACCCCAACGAGCAGUCCCGGAGCGUCUCGCAGAUCGUCAGUCAUCCCAACUACAGCAGCGUGUCGCAGGACAACGACAUCGCCCUGCUCAGGCUCUCCUCACCGGCGACCUUCACCAGCAGCAUCGUGCCCGUGUGCCUGGCGGCUCCUGGCAGCGCUGCCCACACCGGGGUCAACGCCUGGGUCACCGGCUGGGGGUUGACUAGUGAGAAUGGCUCGUUCUCCAACGACCUGAGGGAGGUGGAGGUGCCGGUCGUGGGGAACAGACAGUGUAACUGUAUCCUUGGCGUGGGUCGGAUCACCGACAACAUGCUGUGCGCCGGGCUCACAGAAGGAGGGAGGGACGCCUGUCAGGGGGAUUCAGGAGGUCCGCUGGUGAGCAGGCAGGGAGGCGUUUGGGUGCAACUCGGAAUUGUGAGUUUUGGGUCUGGCUGUGCCAAUCCUGGAUUACCGGGAGUGUACACCCGCGUGUCCCGCUACAUGAGCUGGAUCAACGGCCGCAUCACCAGCAACCAGCCGGGCUACGUCACCUUCAGGUCCGCGGUGACCGACAGCGACCUGAAUGUCACCUGCGCAGGUCUCCCACCUCCUCCAACCACCAGUGGAACCACCGUUCCUGCAGCUACACCCGGAACCAACAACUCCACUCCUGCAACUACACCUGGAACCAACAACUCCACUCCUGCAACUACACCUGGAACCAACAACCCCACUCCUGCAACUACACCCAGAACCAACAACUCCACUCCUACAACUACAGCCGGAACCAACAACUCCACUCCUCCAACUACACCCGGAACCAACGACUCCACUCCUGCAACUACACCUGGAACCAACAACUCCACUCCUACAACUACACCCGGAACCAACGACUCCACUCCUACAACUACACCCGGAACCAACGACUCCACUCCUGCAACUACACCUGGAACCAUCAACCCUGCUCCUGCAACUACACCUGGAACCAACACCACCAGUGGAACCCCCAGCAGCUCUACUACUGGUCUGUCUUCUUCAAACACCACAGCCGCCUCCUCUCAGACCACCGCCAGCGGGGGGUCCUCCAGUCCCUCCACCUCCCUCAUGGCCGUCCUCCACCUCCUGGCCGUCUCCACUAGCCUCCAGCUCUUCUCAUAGAGACGAGCCUGAGUCACAUGAUGUGAGAAAACAAAUGUGAGAUGAAGGCAAAUCCAGUCAGAAGCAAACAAACCAGAAGGCCUGUUCUCUUACUGAAACAGGACACCGUUCACACAAAGCUUUCAAGAGAAAACUCAACAUUUUGGGACAAUUUUCAGUGUCUGUUUGCACAGGGGUGUUUUCAGCCACUGAAAAUGCAACUUUCUUUUCAUUAACAUGAUUUACAAAUGGGUUGACGUCGCAGAAGUGGAAAACGGAUUAUUAAUUUUUAUUAGCUUCAAGAUUAAAAACAA